AUGUUUUUCCCUGAAUAAGAAUACAAGACAAGUACUAAAAGUGAAGAUGAACUCAAGAAAUUGACGUUGGAGGAGGAUUUGAGUGAAUGCCAGAGGUCGUAUCAGAUAUUGAUAAAGGGGCAAUAAUUGCAAAAGAAGGCAGUAACACCUAUGGUUUAUAUUUAGAUAUAUUAAAACUUGCAUAGAAUUUUAAAAGAACCAAAUGCAUUCGAGAUUUUAUUCAAAGUCAUAGUAGAGGAAAUUCAGCAACAAGAGGAGGACAAUCAAAUAAUUGCAGCCAAGUCACUUCAUAAAUUGAUUAAGGAGAACUCACUUUAAAUAACGGAGUUAUUAUAAAUUUAUGAUUUGACUGCUCAGAUUCUAAAAAUUUGGUCAUUGCCAGUUUUGGAUGAAUGGAUACACACUAUGGAUGCAUUGCUUAGAGUUAUCAGUCUCAACAUCAUUCUAAACCCAGUGUAAUAACUGAUACUACUGCUGACUGAUGCUUCAUAGCCAACAAUUUCUAGAUAAAGUGCUGCCAAACUCAUAGGCACAUUGGCAUAACUUUUAGGAAAUGAGAUCAAAGGGCCGUUGUUGGAUAGAGCUAGAAAUUUGUGUUCAGAUCAUGAUAAGGAAGUAAGAUUGGUGAUGGCUGAAGAUGUGAUAGUGAAAGUGUGUUAAUAACUAUCUAGUGAUUUGAUAGAGUGUUAUUUGCUUGAAAAGAUCAUGGAACUGUAUUAUGAUACAGAUAUCAUUGUAAAGAGUUCAGGCAUGAGAUUAUUCUUCACCAUCGCCAAUUUAUUAUCAGUUGAUGAAAUCAAAAACAGAUGCACUAAACUAUUCAUUGAUCAAAUACAAAGUUUAAAUGAAGAUAGUAAAGUUGUCAUGUCUAAGAUGUGUGGUAGAGUUUAUAUGUUGGUUAAAGAUUAUUUAAAUGUAAAUUAGACAUCUCUAUUUCUCAACAUCUAUGUUUCAUAUGCCAAGAGUAAGAACUUGGAUGUGAGAAUCAAUUAUAUUUCUAAUUUCCCAGCCAUACUCUCAUUGAGUCUCAAAAAGUUCGAAUUCUUUCAAGAGUAAUAUAUGUUGUGUUGCAAUGAUCCCAAUGAAUCUCUUUAGAGGUCUAUCUUAAGUAGUCUUCAUGAGGUUGUACUUCUGAGUGAGAAUACAGACAUUUUAGUUCAAGUUUUCAUUAACUUUAUGAAAUCGAAAUGUGUUGCAGUCUUACAAUUGUUAAUAGCGAGAUUUACAUAAAUUGUCAAUUCGUUUCAAAAACAAUAACAACCACUAUUUGGUCAACAUGCCCUUGAAUUGCUUAAUAGUCUAAUUGCGAAGAAUCAAUGGGAUCUGCAAAUAGAUCUACUAUCCAAAUUUUCGGAAUGCCAAUAAAUAUUCCCUGAAAUCACUACGUUUCUAAAUACUAUGAUUACAACCAUAAGUAAGGGAAUUCCGAAAACCAAACAAUUGUGUUGUCUGAACAUUGCCAAAUACUUAAGUAACUUAGGAGAUCUAAGGAAGAGAAAGGAUUGGAUCAUCUAACUAUUUGAACUCUACUUUAAAUCAGAUAGCUACUUUAAUAGAAUCACCUUCAUUGAUAUAGUCCAAGAAUUCACUUAAUUCAUCUCUAGAAAACUAUUCAAACAAUAUUAAUUUUACGAUAUACUUAUCUUCUCCAAGGACCCGAUCCUUAAUGUGAGGGUGAGAUUGAUCAAGAUCUUGCCAAUCCUCUAUAAGAAGAUAGAUUCCGAAGAUGCAUCCACUUUGAAUAUGUUCAAUGAUGCUGUUCAAGACUGUAUCCUCAGUGGGUCUCGUUCCUUUCAGUACAUGAUCCAACAGACUAAGGAAGAACUACUAAAGCCAAGUGAUGAAAACGAAUUGAAUCAGAAGGAUCAGGAGAUGCUUGAACACGAGGAGCAGAUCUUUAAGAACGAUUAAAAACAGCGAUAAUUGCUAUUGGAUUAAGAAAGAGAUGAUUUGGAAAUCAAUAAAAUAGAUUUAAAUGAUUACUUGACCAAAUACAAAAAGAAGUACCCUCUUUCCAAAAUAAAAACCACCAAUUCAACUUUGCACAGUCAAACCAUGUUGAUCAAGAAACCUCAAUUGUAAAACAAUGCCACUUAAGCAUUCCUGGUAAAGAAGUCAGUUGACUUUGAUUCCAAUAAGAGUCCCCUCUUGGAUGCUGCUUCCUCUUUGAAAAAGCCUGUACUUAAAUCCAAAACCCCUACGACUAAGAGUAUUUGUGAUAUUAGGAAGUAAUUUAAACUUCCUAGCAUCAAGAAAUGA